UCCGUCCCCGGAACCUACAGUAGUGAUUAGUCUCGUGCGGAGGACGGCGGAGUGAAAAGGCUCCAGAGUUUAGUUUAGUAAAGACCUUGUGACGUCACAGACAGCUGGAUGUUGACUUCAAAGCUGAAAUAAAACUACAAAGAGCAGUGAGAGUGUUUUGGGAGGAUGGAGACAGUCUGAGCUGCUGACUGAGAGACACUGGGACAUGGACCCAGACAGGAUGUCCUCCUGGAGGACACACGGGGACAUUUUACCUUCAGACGUCCAGAAAGUGAUCGUGGUUAAAGAGGAGCAGCAGGAGUGGAGCUCCAGUGUGGACCAGGAGGACCCAGAGCCCCCACACAUUAAAGAGGAAGAGGAGGAACUCUGGAGCAGUCAGGAGGGAGAGCAGCUUCAUGGGCUGGAGGAGGCUGAUAUCACCAAGUUCCCAUUCACUCCUGUCCCUGUGAAGAGUGAAGAUGAUGAAGAGGAACCUCAGUCUGAUGGACACCACUGUGGAGGACCAGGACCAGGACUGGACACGAACUCAGGUCCAGACACUGAGGACAGGACUGGAGACUCUUCUGAAGCCGAGACCGAUGACAGCGAUGACUGGACAGAGACCAGAGAACCUCAGUCAGGGUUAACCUCUGUGGAACAUGAACUUCCUGUCAGGGAUUCAAGAUGCAGAGCUGGAAUGAAACAGUUCAGCUGCUCUGAGUGUGGGAAAAGAUUUGGUAUCAGUGAACAUCUGAAGACGCACAUCAGAACCCACACAGGAGAGAAACCAUUCAGCUGCUCUGUCUGUAAGAGAUCUUUCACUCAGAAUGGAAACUUACAGAAACACAUGAGGACUCACACUGGAGAGAAACCAUUCAGCUGCUCCGAGUGCAGCAAAUCUUUCACAGAGAGUGGGGAUCUGAAGAUCCACAUGAGGACUCAUACAGGAGAGAAGCCAUUUAGUUGCUCAGUGUGUAAGAAGUCGUUCACACAGGGUGGAACUUUACAGAAACACAUGAGGAUCCACACCGGCGACAAACCGUUCACCUGCUCGGUCUGUCAGAAAUCCUUCGCUCAGGGCGGGACUCUGCAGAAACACAUGAAGAUCCACACGGGAGAGAAACCGUUUGACUGCUCUGUUUGUUGUCAGAGAUUUUCGCAAAAGGCGUAUCUGAAGAGUCACAUGAUCACUCACACAGAGGAGAAACCCUUUGGUUGUCCAGUUUGUGGUAAACAUUUCAAAAUAAGAGCGACCAUGAGACGUCACAUGACCAUUCACAUAGAAGACAAGACGUUCAGCUGAGGUGUUCGAAAACUCCCUUCCUCUUCCUGUUGUAGUUAUAUCCUCCUGUGAUCCUGGGUCCUCACAUGAGGACAUCACAUUCUGGGUUUACUUGAAUUUAGACUUUAUUCUACUUAACUCAGACCUAUUUUCCUCGAUUGUGGACAAUUCUUCGUGCCAUCUAGUGGUAGUGAGACCACAAGACAUGGAAGUACUCGUUUGAGGACAUUGGGACUUUAUUAUUGUGUCGUCCAUGAGGCCAACGUCAUGUGUGGGGUUCCACAGGGUUCUAUUGUUGGUCCUGUUCUUUUUCUUCUUUACGUUUAUAAUCCAGUCUCUGUUUAAAUGUAGUUGUUAUUUUAUAUGCUGAUGACAUCAGUCUGUUUCUGUCCAAUAAAAACUUUGGAAUUAAUAAUGAUAAAAAAUACAUUUAUGAAUAAAGUGCUUUUUAUGAUUUUUGCUGAUUUUGCUUUUUGUUUCUAAGUGUUUGGUAAUUUUUUUA